ACUGGGCACUGGUUGUGGCUUCACUGAAUUCUGAAGUGAAGGAAAGUGGCCAUUUUAACUUUAUCUUUGAGUGCAAGUUACCGUAACUCUAUGUUCUAUCAAUUAAUAAUUUUUACUUAGUGAAGAUUGUUCUGAUAAGACAAUGUCAAACUCUAUCGAAGAUUCAGCUUCGCCAGAUAAUGAUUUUGAUAAUGAGGGACCCAAUGAAAUGGACGAUGAAGAUGAUUAUGACGACUACCGAGAAAGAGAUAACAGGCCAAUGCAUAAAGCGCGAGGAAGGGGCGGAAUGAUGUUCAGGGGUGGACGAGGAGGCCGUGGAGGACACAUGGACUACGGGGGACACAGGGGAGACCGUGGGGGUCACCGCGGAGGGGGUGACAGAGAGGACUACGACUAUGACAAUAAUUACGGUGGACCGCCUCAUGGAGGAGGCCCGGGAGGUCCGCAUGGGGGCCCCAGGUUCCGGGGCCGCGGAGGUUUUGGACCCAGAGGCCACCAAGGCUUUCGGGGAGGCCCUCCGGGACAUCACUUUGGCGGACCGCGUGGACCCAGGUUCAGGGGAGGACCGCCGCCUUUCGACCCCAACUGGGGCCCAAUGGGCGGGCCCCCUGGACCCCGUGGCGGGCCACCGCCUCCUCCACACAUGAUGGAUGGUCCUCCCGGAGGAAUGCCUCCACAUAUGAUGGGACCCCCCGGUAGUGGUGGUGGUGGUGGGGGGCCAAUGGGCAUGGGACCUCCUCCCGGCCCCCCGUUUGGACCUCCCCCUGGCAUGGGCGGCCCUCCACCUCCUCAUGGAUCCGGACCCCCUCCUCUAAUGCAGAAUCCCGGAAUGCCCUUACCCGGAAUGCCUGGAACUAAUAUGCCGCCUCCGAACAUGAACGGACCGCCGCCUUCGGGACCGAUGAGUAUGCCGCCCCCCAACAUGCCACCCCCAGGCGCAAUGCCACCCACCAACAUCCCCCCGCCGACUGCCGCCCCCAGCGGAGGCGGCGCACCGGAUUUCGGAGGACCCGGUGGAGGCGGCGGCGAGAUUUGGGUGGAGACGAAGGCGUCGGAAGGCAAGUCGUACUUCUACAAUGCCAGAACGCGGGAGACCACCUGGACCAAACCGGAAGGCACCGGCGUCAAAAUAUUGCUACAGGAGCAGGUUGAAGCGAUGGCUCAAGUGGUCGGAAUGAACUCUCAAACUUCAACGAGUGGGACAACAACAAAUAGCACUGCCACUGCUUCGACUGCUAAUCAAUCUGACAAUGACAACUCAACUGAGUCUGCGUCACAUAACACUUCAACGUCAACCACUAAUACUAGCUCAGCUGUGACAGCACCGGUGUCAUCAGCCUCAAUCAGCAGUCUUCUGGGCACAGCACCCCCACUGGUGCCACCCAUGGGGGGACCACUAGGUGCUCCACCCAACCUGGGCAUGAUGCCACCACCCAACAUGGGAGGGCCACCCGCAAUGGGCAUGCCCCCCGGCCAUCUGCCCAACACAAUGCAGCCGCCUCCAGGCAUGAUGGGUCCGCCCCCAGGCAUGCCGCCUCCCUUCGGGGCACCGCCUCCUUUCGGAGGUCCGCCUCCCUUUGGCAUGCCGCCCCCUGGAUUCCCUCCCGGUAGCGGGUACCCUGGUUUCGGCCCCCCUGGUCCUGCACCUUGGGGCAUGCCACCUCAGAUGAUGGGUCAGCAGAUGCCGCCCCCGCAACAGCUAGUGCCGCCCCCGGGUGUGGUCGCAUCGCAGCCCGCCUCCAUUUCGCAGUCUGCCACCCUCUCGGCUGCCGCCGUUCCCGCCUCCAACGCUCCCAGCUCUCAGCAGUCUGAUGAACCUGCUGCACCUCAGAUUGACCCGGACAUAGUAGCGAAAGCAGCUGAGUGGACCGAGCACAAGGCGCCUGACGGACGCAUGUAUUACUACAAUGCCAAGGCAGGCGAAUCUGUCUGGGAGAAGCCUCAACCACUCAAAGAUCUUGAGACUGCCAAGCUAGCCGCUGCUCAGGGCGUGUCCACAAUGCCUUCGGCCGUAAUCAGUGCUGCCUCCACAGUUGGCAAUUUGGCCAAAAACGUCGGCUCAGCGUCGCCUAGUAUAACAUCUGUCACUAAUAAUAAUUCAGGUGGCGGUGCGGCCGCUUCGGCCAACAGCGGUGCAGCAGCUGGCGGCGACCGGUCGGACAGUUCGGACAGCGACGACGAGCAGAAGGGCAGCAAGCAGCAGACGCAGCUGACGAACGGCAGCGGCGGAAGCGGAAGCGGAGGAGGCGGCGACAGUGACGAUGACUCGCAGCAGUCGGCAGAGCGGAAGCGGAAGGCGGAAGCUGAGUCGCAGGCGGAAAUCGCCGCCAAGAAGAAGCGCGAGGAGGAAGAGGAGAAGGCACGAGAAUUGCAGAAGCAGCAGGACAAGUCGAAGCCCAUCUCUAGCACCCCGGUGCCCGGUACACCUUGGUGCGUAGUGUGGACGGGCGACGGCCGUGUGUUCUUCUACAAUCCGUCGUCACGCACGUCGGUGUGGGAGCGGCCCGAGGAGCUGGUGGGUCGUGGUGACGUGGACAAGAUGCUCAACACGCCGCCUGAGUUGAUUCAACAGCAGCAGCAGCAGCAGGCGGCUGCAACGGCAGGUGAGGCGGGUGUCAAGCGGGAGGCUGCAGCCACCACCGAUAAUGACAGCACGCCCAACAAGAAGAUGAAGAUGGAUUCGCCCUCCAAAGAGGCAAAGGAAGAGGCUCCGAAGGUGGAGAAAAAGGCGCAGAUCGACAUAGGGAAGGAGGCCGCUAUGGAGGCGGAGGUGCGGGCGGCGAGGGAGAGAGCCAUUGUGCCACUCGAGUCGCGCAUCAAGUCAUUCCGAGAAAUGCUCGCCGAAAAGGAUGUUUCGGCAUUCAGCACGUGGGAGAAGGAGCUGCACAAGAUCGUGUUCGACCCGCGCUACCUGCUGCUGACCUCCAAGGAGCGCAAACAGGUGUUCGAGAAGUACGUGAAGGAGCGCGCCGAGGAGGAGCGACGCGAGAAGCGCAACAAGAUGAAGGAGCGAAAGGACGAGUUCCGCAAACUCAUGGAAGAGGCCAACCUGCAUGGAAAAUCAUCUUUCGGUGACUUCGCGCAGAAAUUUAGCAAAGACGACCGCUUCAAGAACAUUGAGAAGAUGAGAGAGAGGGAGAGUCUGUUCAAUGAGUAUCUGCUGGAAGUUAGAAAGCGAGAGAAAGACGAGAAAGCAUUGCGCCGUGAUCAGGUAAAACGCGAUUUCUUGGCGUUGCUUCGCGAGCAGGCGGACAUAGAUAGGCACUCGCGCUGGCAAGAGGUGAAGAAGAAAAUCGACUCGGACGCGCGCUACAAGAGUGUCGACUCGAGUAAUACGCGCGAGGACUGGUUCCGCGAGUACCUCAAAGCGCUGAAGGAGGAGCGCAAACGCGAGAAGGAGAAGGACAGGGAGCGCAAGGAUCGCGACCGUAAGGAGCGCAGUGGAAGUCGUGCACGAGCAUCCGAAAAAGAGCCCAAAGCCGAGGGAGAAAGAGAGAGCGAGGAAGGAGAGUCGGAAAUAGACCAGGAGAAAGAGAAGGAACUGGAGAAGGCGGCACGAGUGGAGGCCAGCCUGAGGGAGAGAGAGAAGGAAGUGCAGCGCACAUUGGCCGUACAUCUGCGUGAGAGAGACAACGAGAGAGAGCUGCACAAACACGACGAGGCUGUACAGCAUUUCAACGCACUGCUUGCCGAUCUGGUACGAAACUCGGAAUUGGCAUGGAGGGAAGCGAAACGUCAGUUGCGCAAAGAUCAUCGGUGGGAGCUAGCUGAACUUCUAGAUCGUGACGAAAAAGAAAAGUUGUUCAAUGAACAUAUUGAGCAGUUAUCAAAAAAGAAGAAAGAAAAGUUUAGGGAAUUAUUGAAUGAAACAGCAGAAGUGACGUUAUCUAGCUCUUGGAAAGAAGUCAGGAAGCUUAUAAAAGAUGAUCCACGCUAUAGCAAAUUUUCGUCUAGUGAUAGGAAAUGUGAGAGAGAAUUCAAAGAAUAUAUCAAAGAUAAAAUGAUAUUAGCAAAAACAGAAAUCAGGGAAUUAUUACAGGAAACCAAAUUAAUCAAUCACAAAUCACUGAGUAUGGUGCAAGAAAACGAGUCGCACAUGAAAGAGUUUGAAGAAAUUCUGAAAAAGGACCGACGGUACUUGGUGCUCGAUCACGUUCCCGAGGAAAGGACGAAGCUGGUGAUGGCUUACCUGGAGGACUUGGAGAAGAGAGGUCCGCCUCCCCCUCCCACCGCCUCCGAGCCAUCACGUAGGUCCAACAACGAUUGAACGGAUUUCUUCCUAAAUAUCUAAAAACUCUGAUAGGCGUAAAUCCAUGUUUCCCAAGUACUGGAAAUCAAAAUAGUGUUCCGUAAAGUUAUCAAGAAAUUGUGAUGAUUCAGUGGCUCCUUGUGUUUUGUAAGCAAGGUUAAUAUAGAUAAAUAGCAAUACCUUGAUUUGUAAGUACAGUAUCUGACGCAGACAGAAGUAAAAAAUAUGUCUUAUAAUUGACUGGCAUCAAAAAUAUCAUGUUGUCUCAGAUUCUCAUUAAACUCUUCUCUUUGACAUGACAUAAAAAUAUGUCAACUAUUCUAAUUCAAUCUCGCUUAUAUUAAGAUAAUCUAUCUCUCAUAGAUUUAUAAAUUAUGAAUUUGAAAAAAAAAUCAAAUUUGUGAUGGCAGCCCAAGAUAUUUUCGGGUUUUGUGAUGCCGCUCUUUUUAGUUUUUAUAAAAAUUAGUAGGAUUUUCACCGGAAAUAGAUAAAAGGACUAAAUAUUGAAUAUACUUAGUCAUAUACUCUCAUCCACAGUAUUUUCUUGUUAAUCAACUAUCAUUAGUAUUUUCUUUGCGUAGUUGGAAAUGUUUCAUAUUACAAAAUUCCACUUGGAAGUUUUGAAAUAAAUGUUCAUUCCUCCACCAUGCCCAUUCAUCAAAACCUGAUGAACAUGUGACAUGAUACUGAUCUUUGGUAUGCUAAAGGUUGUACUGGAAAGUUUAUUUUUAAUAUACUGACUGAAUUUUCCUCCAAUCUGUAGUUGGAACAUUUCGCUAUAAUAUAUCUGCUCAGUAUUUUAGAUCUGUUGUAUUUGAAUGAAGAAAAGCCAACCUUCUCAUUCGUAUUAUAUGAAGCUUUGAGUUGAGUACUAUUCCUAUCAUUGAUUGAUUAACUACUUUAAAGACAGAUUUAUAAUUAUCAGUGCAAAUUUUAUGUAAGUUGGACAAUCCUAGUAAGGUCUCUGUAUACACUAUUAAAAAUAUAAUACAGUAUAUUCAUUGAUCAUAAAAUAAGUAUUCUCUCACUUAUCUCAUGAAUCGUCAUCUAUGGAAUUCUGUACGUUAGUUUAACUGUUUUGUUCAUUUUUAUAAAAUACACUGAUUUUGAAUUUUGUAGAAACAUUGCUCUGGCAAUAAAUUAUGUAAUUGGAUACAAUAUUCAAUUGAUUUUUUUAUUUAUAAUGCAUGUAAAAACUAAUUGAUGUUUUAUUAUAUUAGGGUUUCAUCUCAAGUCUGUAAUCGAAAAAAAUUAUAUCAAAGUCGAAUUUAGAGUAUUUUGUUGAAAUCGACAAUAUUACCAAUGUUGGUUAUUACAAAAGUCUACAUACCAAUAAAUUGAUUUAAAGUUGAAGAUUUGAAUGAACCUAUUCAAACUUAUAAAAAGGCUAGUUUUCAAGUUUUGUCGAAAAAUUAUCUAACUUUUUAUUAUUUAAUAUAGAAAAUUUCUUUAUAUCACAGUAAUCAAUCAUUCCUCAGUAGUAUUGUCAUAACAUUGUUUAUUAUAUAAUAUUUUAUCAUUUCUCAUGGAAAAAUGUUUUGAAAUAAUUAAUUAUAUUUAUUUCACCUUCCCCUUGGAUUUCGUUGUAUUGAAGAGACAAAUGAAGGAUAAGCUAUACUUUUGAAAAUGAUACUUCAAUCAGUAGGAGAAUCAUGAGUUGCUUACCUCGGGCUACAGUAACCAGCUUUGUGAAUUUGUCUUCUAAUCAAACCACCCAUUUGAGGCUUGAUUAGAAUAUGGUUAUAUUAAUAAAUGCAUGAUUUGAAAACUGUAAGUAUUGUAGAAGAAGUUCCCGCUGUAUAGUGUGCUACGAUACGCGAUGCGACUUCAUUAAUAAUAGUAUCGCGAUCGCGUCAGUGAGAACUAUAGUGAGGUCUACGCUAUAAUGGCAGUGGAGAAAGAUAGGAGAACAGUGUAGCCAAUUCUCUGCCUUGUCUGAUUUCUAGAGGGUAUCUGACACCGGUAUAUCUCAUGUAAUAUUUGCUUAAAAUAAUAAAUUAUAUUUUAAUCGGCAGAAAAAUAUUCCCAUUGGGAAUCGGUCCCAUUCCGAGGCAUCUUGAGGUUGCGUAACUAUACUGUUAUACCUCCCCAACCUGGAGGACCAGGGUCCUUUUUUUAGAGUUACCAUUUCC